AGUUUCAUCGCGAGAGUACUUCUACUUUUCGCUGCUUUGGAAGUACGAUGCAGUUCCUAUGUUAUGCAAUCAAGCCCUCAGCAGGAUCUUGCGGACACACUUCUUCUACCAAACUGCAACCGCUUUGACGUGAGGCAGAAUUGUAUCAGGGGCUCUCUAUUUCGCACCUUUGACGGUACAUGCAACAAUCUCUGCAAUAUAACUAACGGAGCGGCCGGAUCGUCAUUUUUGCGUCUCGAUCGCCUCGAUCCACCCAAUACGUUUCAACAACCAGGCAACCUACCUCGAGUUAAAUCAGUUACUGGCGGUUUUCUCAGAAACGCAAGAAACAUCAGCAGAAUAGUCUUCAAAAACACCGACGCCAACGUAAACAACACCGCUCCAAACUUUACCCACGUGACAAUGACAUGGGGACAAUUUUUGGAUCAUGACCUAACUCUAACUCGGUUAGUUCCUGGUAUUGAGUGUGGAGUGAAUAAUGCACCAUGUGAAGAUCAAGAGGGAUGUACCAACAUCGACAUCCUAGAAGGUGAUGAGCUUCUUAAUAAUAAAAGUGCAAGAUGUAUUCCACUUAGGAGAGCAAAACAGAAUAACGAGGGCGAGCAGGUAAGUUUUGAAACGACAAAUUGCUAUGUGUGUAUGUAUACUAUAGAUUAUGCGAUCAAGUAAAAAUCUAGGAAUAAUCUCAAGUAGUAAUAUAAAUCCCCCACGGGAUACCUUAUUUAACCGAUGAAAUGACAUAACAAUUUCUAUCUCAUCUGAAAUUUCCACUUGAAUGCUGAAGGAAAUGUCGCGUACCAGAAGUAGUUCUGCAAGAAUUUCGGGGAUCAUACUUCGACAAGCUAUAGCGACUGGUUGAUUGUUUGCUUGAUUUGGAGGGCGCACUCGGGUUUACUUUUUCCACACAGGGGCUGCCGUUUUCAUGAUGAGAUGUCCACAAUAAAGAUUGAUUGAGGUCGAAAUAAUUUUUUUGUCGAUCUGAGUUUUUCCAGACUCGAUAAAUAUUCGUUUGCUUGCAGAGCAGACCCAUGAAUUUCCUCAGAUUCCCUGUCGAUAUAUACCUUUUAAUUUGAACAGAAAGCUAAUUUUUGAAUAAGCUUUUGGUAGACCGUCCUACUCGACACUUCUUUAUCAUAAAGUCGACGGACUAUUGUAAAGAAGAUAUAAUCAUCCAUGAGAUGAAAGGAAAAACAAAAGAACCUUUAGGAAUACUGAGAAAAUCGAUAGCUGGCAGAAGCCAAGACGCCAUAACGGCCUGAGACAACAAAUCACAACAACAACGGCCGUGCCCUUGGGAUAAACCAGAGUGCACUCGAACUCUGUUUUGAUAAAUGUGAAGAAGAUAGAUCGAGGUUUACCGUGAUAUUUUUCUUUUUUCCACUAAAAACCGUACAUACCUCAAAUUCAAAUGAUAGUGAUACCGUAUGUGCCCUCAACCGUCUCAAAUAAGUCAUUGCGGCUCGACUUCGAUUUGCAAUUUGUCCCUCACAUUUCAACCGAAGCCAUUAGAACUGCUCUUGAAGCGAAGCUCUUUCUGUGCUUUAUCAAGGGAGCUGUGUCCCAACGGCCAUAAAAUGUCAAAGAAAAAAUUUCGGUACUAAAACGUGCGACUAGCCUAGCUUAAAGUUUUAAAAAUUGGACCGUGACGCCAUGUUUGAUAACGUCAUGGUAUAGACAAAACUUUCUAUGGCCCGGACUGUCAAAGUUCCUGAACUCCACUCCUGCACAUCAAUGAGGUCACCUAUUGUUCUUUCAAGGGGAGCAAAUCUUGGCACUACUUUUUCCAUUUUGUUUUUACAGAAAGCUGCUCGCUUGUUGACCUCCACUGUGAGGAACUAUCGUUCGCGUCUCUGAUUGGAAGAACGAUAUAUUUUCACAGUCGUUCGCUUUACGAUUGGUUGGUUGGGUAUUUCGUAUGAAUUUUACGCGGACUUUUCUUUUCAUUUGUAAAUCUCAGUAUGUAUGAAUUAUAAAUAAUUUCAUCAUAACCUGUGGCAUAAGUUCUAAGGUUUUUUUUUUUUUUUGUAAGAAAUAACAUGCAACUUGAAUAUGAGAAAUACAAGCCUAAAUGCCUGUUUCAAUAUACUUUUAUACCUUUUUCAAUGUAUCUCGUUUUCCAUGCCAGAUGAACGACAUUACAGCUUACAUCGAUGGUUCACAAGUAUAUGGCUCAGACAAAGAAACAGCAGAAAGCCUGCGCGACCAGGAAGAUCGCAGAUUUCUGGAUGUGACGCCAGUCGCAAAAGCUGCAGUGCGGCAGUGUGGGCUGCUUCCAGACGCUGAGAAAGAUGCUUUUUGUAGAUCUCCAAAUCCAAAAGACAAACCGUGUUACCGUGCUGGCGACGAAAGAGUAAAUGAAAACCAAGGUAAUUCCGAGCUUUUUAAACGCUUGGCUUGGAUCUCCAUUUUAUGCAGUAUGCAGUUUUAAAACUUGUAUUUCGAGUAUCCAAAUCCAGCUACCAGCUUUAUUUUUUGACCGAUCAUACGUUACUUCCGCUUGAAUCUGAAACUGCGUCGCUGGAAAACCUUUAAUAGCUAGUAAUACCCUGCAAAUCAUUGUGUUAACAUACGCAAUUUUUUUUUUCAUAUCACAGUUUUAAUCAACUAAAUGCUUUCUGUCCUGCACCGCUUAGUGAUGCGAUAAAAUUCAAAACUACCGCUGAUUAAAGUUUCAUGAUUCAAUAUAAUCUGGAAUCCAAACCAUGAUUUCAAGCUCCACAUCCCAUGCUUUUCAAGGCCGAUCCCUGUUAUCCAAAAAUCUAUUCCCCCCAUCCUCAACUACAAUUAAGUGUUAGAAGUUAAAACAAUUGUAUAGCAAAUGCUACAAAAUGUUAUUCCCGUCUAUCUCCAGCUUUAAUGGCAAUGCAUACUUUGUGGGUUCGAGAGCACAAUCGCAUCGCCAAAAAACUAAUCGAAUUAAAUCCAAAAUGGGAAGUUGAAAAAGUAUUCCAAGUGACAAGGAAAAUCGUGGCAGCACAAUUACAGCACAUCACAUACAAUGAGUGGAUAAAAGUGUUAUUCAGUGAUUCCGUGGUGAGUUAUGGCUACGUGGUUAAGUAGAAAGAAAGCUAGUAUACUUUUGUUAUUCAACUACCCUGUUCGGUUUUACCUCAGUUUUACGGGUAUGUGUCCGAACUUUUGAAUCAUCGGCCAUAAUUCUGAGCUCUCAAUGACAUUUUGCAGUUUGUAUGUUAACUGUUUGAUUAGAAUUUGUAGUUAUAGAUCGUUUUCACUCGCGUGGUAGCCAGCUAAAAAAAUUUUGUUGAAAAAAAAAAAAAAAACACCAACAAAACAAUAACGAAGGGCUAACGCUCGAAACGUCAGCUUUUAAACUAUUUGCGGUGGCCAAUUAACUCAGUUGAUGAUACUUUAUUACCCUGUUGCCUCCUCAUACACAAUCGUAUCUCAACAAAAGGUUAAUGAAACGCUCCCCCAAUCGGCACAUGUCAUAGGUUCCUUUCAAAAUACUCGUGGUAUUCACGCAGUCUCUAAUUCAUGAUUGUCGAGGGCUUCGGUAAUUAUUGUGGGUGUUUUCCUUUAGAUUGUUUUCAGCCUAAGUCGCUUAUUUUAACCAAAAUAUUACGGAGAAGUGGAAAACAAACAAAACGUUGCAUUUUUAAUAAGAUUUUGUAUUUUUUUGUUCUUGGAUUGUGGGCUUUGUGCUCUAGCUGGAAAGGGAAGGUCUGUUGUUGGAGCCACCUGGUAAAUUCUUUAUGGGAUAUAAUGCAUCGAUUAAUGCAGGAAUAUUAAACCACUUUGGAACAGCAGUUUUGAGAGUGGGUCACACCUUAAUUCGAUCAAGCUUUGGAUUAAUUACCAAUUCAAGGGUCAGGCGCUCCAGUAAACUCAUUUAUCGCGGACGUACUGCAGUGGACUUUUUCAAUCCAGCCCCCUUGCUACUGGGACUCAAAGUUAACCUCAUUGGAGAAAUCUUAUAUGGUCUCGUUAACGAGCUAGCCCAGCUCCCGGAUAAGUAUGUAUCAAAGCAGUUUAAACAAUAGGUUGAACUACACAUACCUUUUGAUCGGUUCUUAUGCAUAGAUGACGUCGAGUAUAUUCUAUAUUGUCGUGCUUGUGUGCUGUAGUCAGUCCCAAAAUACGUCAAAAUAUUGAUAGAAUAUAAGUCACAAACUCGGCUGCGCCUCUUGUGCCAAUUUUUUGUUCCUGUCAUACUUUGCUAUAAUCUGGAAUUUAUUGGUGAACAGGCACUCGGAAACAUAGCAUCUACUCAUUAAAAUACGUUUUGCGAGAUUGUUUGGCUGCAAGGAUGAUGAAGUGUUGACAGCCUGAGUGGUGCUGGUACGGGCCAAUCAAGGUAAUUUGGGAUUAUCAACUGAGUUGAUAACGAGAAUUGACCUCCGUAAGGAGUUUAUAUGCUGACGUUUCAAGCAUUAGCCCUUCAUCCAUUCGCUCUGACGAAGGGCUAAUGCUCGAAACGUCAGAUUUUAAACUCUUUACGGUGACUAAUUUACGUCAUCAACUCAGUUGAUAAUACCAAAUAUCCCUGUUAUAAUCUCACCGACGUAGCACUACAGUUUCUUCAGAAACUUACCUCCUUUAGCCAGAUUCAAGAUAGUUUAGAACGAAGUUUUGUUAAACCAAGGCCAAUUUAAAAAAUAUAUUUAUAUUUAACAAAGAGAACGCUUGGAAGUACUUGUUAUCUAGUUUUUAACUAGGUUUCUCAAAGUCUCACCAAUCCAAGAUUCCUACGUUCAAUAAAAUAGUUAACUAAUUAUGAUGAAAUUUUCUUCCUCAGGAACUUUGUUGACGUCAUAAGAGAACGUGUAAUAAUAGAAGGACCAACUAUUGAUGGUAUUGUUGGCGAUCUUCCGGCAAUAAACAUUCACCGCGGUAGGGAUCACGGCUUACAAACGUUCGUAAAAUUCCGCGAGAUUUGUGGAGCAGGCCCAAGUAAUAACUUUGGUCAACUUCGUAAUACCAUAAAUCGCCCAGAGAUCAUGAAACUGAGACAAGCCUAUGAAAAUGCAAAAGACAUCGAUUUAUUUGUAGGCGGCAUCCUCGAGUUUCCCACUCUUGGAAGCGUGCUAGGUUUUACGUUCACCUGUCUUAUGACCAAGCAGUUUAGACAUCUGCGACAUGGUGAUCGAUUCUGGUAUGAAAGAAAUGACCCUAUUGCCGCAUUCACUCUUCCUCAGCUUGAAGAGAUACGAAAGACGUCAUUGUCCCGAGUAUAUUGUGACAAUACAGACAACGUGAUCUUCAUUCAGAAAAAUGCCUUUAAACUCCGAACUGGUAACAACGGAGACAAUCCUGUAAUCGAUUGUGACUUUAUUCCCAGAGUGAACUUGGAAGUUUUCGGAGAGGAGGAAGAGCCCAUUGGUAGGCGUUUGUUAACUGUG